AGACUGGAUAUUGUAAAUUCUGAAUACUCCCGACAGUGAGAGAUGGACUCACGGGCAGUUUGGUGAGAGCAGGACUGGUGGCUUGUCUGCCAAAAGCAUCCUCUUGGAACUGGAGAAGCUGCAGAGUCAUUCCAGCCAGAGCCUGACACGAUGGAGCGUCCACCAGCACAUACUAACGGACACACAGACAGAGACAUGAGGAGAAUGUUAAUUGCUAUAAGGCUACAUACAACCCACUGCAUUUACCGAGAGUCUAGACAGUUUAACUGUUGUGUUUGUAACGUUACUAGUUAACCUCUAGGAUCUGGCUGCUUUGCACUUCAUCUUUUGUGUGUUAUUAUUUUUAAAUGCAGCACUCAAUACAUCUUGCUGGUCAGUGUAAAGGUAACGUUAUCCAGCACGAGACGUUUGUUUACAGUCUGAGCCACUGGACUUGCUAGCAGGGGGCGGCUAGCUUGUUAGCUAGCUUGCUAGCUAGCUAGAUCCUAACCAGCUAGCUGGCUAGCUUGCUAGCUAGCUAGCUUCCUAACCAGCUAACUACCUUUUUGUAGUGCUUCCCGAUCCACUGUCGCACCACCUCCAGCUGGGCUAAAGUAUCCGGACUCUCCCAGAACCGAGCGGACGGACUGCUGUCUUUUUUCCGAUGUGCGGAUGUUCCGGAGCUGGCUUGGCUUGUCCCAGGAGUGCCGAGGUGUGUUCCUCCGGACAUUGUGGCCAUAAUUAAACGAGAUUAAUCUCAAACAGGAGAACAAAACUGGCUAGCGCGCUCGCUAGCUUUUGCAUUCUCGCGUUCUCUCGCGAGACGGAGCGCGAUUGUCGCAGUUCGGAAUAAAGGUUUUCUCUUUUUAAAUGUUUUUCAUUUUCAAGUGUUUUAUUAUGUAAUUGUGCGCGGUUCUAAAUCAGUAGUAUGUUUUUAAAACACCACGAAGCGUCUGUAUGUAGAAUACACGUGUUUGUUACAAACCACGACUUUUAUUUUGAAAAGUACAACAAAACAAGGAAAUAACUCCGCAAGACAUGCAAACAGAAGUGAAGCGACAUCGGUCCUGAGAUCCUAUGGGUGUCCACGGUCUGACCACCUUUGUCGAGGGGAACAGAAACUUACUCCAAGAUGUGAAGUUCAGGGACAGUCCCCUGGUCAUUGAUGGCUGCAGCCUGUAUUUCCGCCUCUACUUUAACCACAGUUUGGACCAGCAGCACGGAGGGGACUACGAUGCCUUUGCUUGCUUGCUCACCCAGUUCCUCUCUGCGUUGGCGGCAUGUAACAUCCAGCCGUAUGUGGUACUGGAUGGAGGGAUUGACCCAAGUGACAAGAAGUUUCCCACUCUGCGUCAGCGUCUACAGUCCAAGAUAAAGGAGGCAGACAGUCUCUCCCAUGGCCGCAAUGGCUCUAUUCUCCCCAUCCUCACGAGGAAUGUUUUCAUUCAGGUCCUCAUCCAGAGAGGAGUCCCACUGGUCCAGUGUCCAGCUGAGGCUGACUGGGAAAUUGCAUGUCUGGCUCGCCAGUGGAACUGCCCAGUUCUGACCAAUGACAGUGACUUCUAUAUCUUUGACCUGCCAGGUGGUUACCUGCCACUCAGUUCUUUCCAGUGGGCCAACCUUAACGGUAAAGCCUCUCACCGCUACAUCUCGGCUCGUUGCUACACCACCAAUGGGCUGUGUCGCUGGUUUGGCAGCAUGAACAAGGAGUUGCUGCCCUUAUUUGCCGUCCUGGCUGGUAAUGAUUAUGGCGCUCCAAAAGAUGCUGAAAGAAUCCUAGGUAUGUUAGGUGCGAGUGGAUUCGGGAGAGGCGGUGGCAAAGGUAGAGCACGUGUUUCCCGCAUCGAGGGCUUCCUCCUCUGGCUGUCCUCUUUUAAAAAUCCGGCCGACGCACUGAAGGAAGCGAGCAUACUGAUGGGGGAGGAAGCUGGAGGCGUUAGGGGCAGAGGACAGAAGGGUGGGCUCAGUUCACAGCUGUGGGCAGGUAUGCAGCAGUACCACAUCGCCACUCAAAGCUCUCUGGCUCACUGGUUCUCUGAAGGUACGGCCGCUCCUAGAGGGCGGACCUCUUGGCUGCCAGAGUGCCUGUCGCUGGCUGCAGCUCAGGGGCUUUUGGCUCCCUUGGCGGUGGAUGCUCUGGUGAUGCGCAAAGUCCUGCUCAUCCCGCAGGUGGAGAACAGCAGGCUAGCCAGCAGCCAUAGUAGUGCCAGCGCCAUACGCCAGGCUAUAUAUGGGAUGUUACUGCAGAGCGGCCAGGAUGUCCAGGCACGGGAUAUGAGGGCACAAGAAAACAUCAGCCAGGGUAUGAGAGGUGGGAGAGGGCGAGGGGAAAGGGGGCGGGGAGGUGGAGGUGGGGGUCAGGUUAUUAUUUUACCCACACAGCAGGGUGUUCAGUCAGGAUUUAGCAUUGAACAAGCAGCUGGUGCAGCUACAGUAUCGGCCCAGGACCAUUGUGCCCCCAUGUGUGUGGAGGAGUAUGACCGCAUGGAUCUGAACUUGAGGAAAAACAAUGUAGAGGCACAUCCACUCAGAAACCCCCUGCUUCUAGGUACACUGGGCCAGGCUCCUGUGAAAGUUCGUCUCGGGGUGCUGUUAGAAGUCUUGGGAGUGAAGGAGUCUGCCCUGGCUGCUGUUCCUCUCCACCUGAGGCUGGCUGUAGCAGUGACAGCCUUCUGGCUGCGAGAGGCCAAACCAACACCCUCACAGCCCCAGCUCCAGCUCCAGGCGUUGGUGCUGGGCAUGGUUUACGGAGAGCUGUCUUGGAGCAACCAGCCUGAAGCUACCCACUACCAACACACCGUCCCACAGCUGAACUGGGCUGCGGAGCACAACGUGUGGACGGGGCUGGAUCGACAACGUGUGAGACCAGGGGAGAGGCGGGGCUUGGAUGUCGGAGUGGCUCACAGUCUCAGCCAAUGGCAGGCCUGCCUCUGGAGUGCACUGUGUCUCAAUCAGCUAUUGUUGCAGCCGCUGCCUGAACCCCACCUGUCAUGGCUGUACAGUGGUACCUUGGUGCACGGUCUCCUCAGGUAUCUGAAAGGAGGCCGAGCUGCUGAGUCCCUCCUCGUCAGGGGUUCCAUGUCCGGACCGCUCUACUCAUCCCUGCUGGACACCGUGAGGAACUGCAGCUCUAAGACCCAUCCUUCCUCUUCGGCAGCAAGGAGGGGGAAGAGAGGCGGAGGCCGGGGAAGGAGAGGAAGAGGGGGAGGUGGUGGAAGAGGAGGAAGAGGAAGGGGAAGGGGGACUGAGGAGAUAAACAAUAGGUUUGCUCUCCUGAUGAGCGAGGAAGAGUUUGACGAUUGAUGAGGAGGCAGAGGAAAAUGAACUGUUCGAUAUGAAACACUCGUGAGGGGCCAAAAAAAGGACAUUCCAGUGUUUUAUCAAACGCACUCAGGGAAUGCUACAAAUAGUCAUUUGACAAGCGAAGAACACCUCUUAAUGUCGACCGUUGAGUGUCUGCCUUUGUUGCACUAAUUUCAGCUUCAUCAAUAAUAUUUACCCGUUUAUGAAAACUUCUAUUCCUGUCUUAAAUCAAGUGACGGCAACAUGUCGGAUAAGUUUUCCCACAGAGAACUCUGGCCAUAUUUUAACUCAUUAGAGCAAUGCCACUGUAUUUAAUGCAUGUUUUCACCGGAUAUUUUUAUUCAGUUAAGUCAACACAACAUUUUAACAGUAAAUGAAGAGGCGUCUUAUUUUAUCACGUUGUAUGGCAGCUUAUAUCAUCUUAAAGAGCAACUUGUGAAAUCUUCUUUAAUCGCAGAUGCCGUCUUACUCAUCUUUCUAUAAUAAAAAAAAAUUGAAAUCAAACUCAGACACACAUUUCUUCAUCACAUUCAGCUAGUUUUUACUUGUAACCACAUGGCUGACAAACUUUUUUUACUCACUCUAUGAAGUCAUUUGUAUUAUUAAAUAUGAACACAACACAACCAAUAUUCAACAAUUCAUAAAUGCAAUACAUCUACACUCCGUAACAGUAUUUUAUUCCAAAAUGAUAAAAACAACAUUACAAAGUUCUUUAAACGAAAGGACAAAUAAAAAGGUUCCCCACCUGUA